AUGGAGAACAAUUUAGCUGCCAAUACAGCCGCAAGGAAAGAAAGACUGAUAGCUCUGAGAAGGAGGAAAGAAGGUAAAGAUGUGAAUGGUGAUACCAAUGGAGAAUCAUCACAUUUCGCAUUCAAGCAGAGGAACUAUGAUCCAGAGACACGUACAUUACGGAAGAGAGGGAAGGAAGAGGAGAAUGAUAAUGAUGAUACGGUUGAGAAGAAUGUUGAAGGGCUGGCGGAACAGAUCAUCAAAGAGGAUGAAGAGAAGAGGAAAGAGGAACUGGACCUAUUCAAUAUCCAACCUAAACGGGCCAAUUGGGAUUUGAAAAGGGAUAUGAACAAUCGUAUGUCAAAAUUGGAUAGAAAGACGAACGAAGCUAUUGCCACUAUCUUCAGACAACGUCUACAGUCGAUGAAGAAGAACCAGAAAGGAGGAGAAGUGGAAGUUGAUUUGUUGGCUAGUAUGAAUGCACAGGAACAUGAGAGGGAAGGUGAGACGGAUGGAAGUGAUGAAGAGUAG